AUGGCUGCUCCUGCUGCUCCUGCUCCUGCUCCCCCUCCUGCCAAUUACCUCGAAAUUCCGGCCAUCAAUCACGAGAUCAUGGACAUGGACAAUAACUCCACUGAAGACCACAUGUAUGGCAUCUGGGAUGCCAUACUCAACUGGACUUUCCCAGCAACUUCUGGGUACAUCACACGACCACAAGACCGCCAUGGGCAGUUCGGGGGGGGAGGGCUUGGGUUUUCUGAUUUCCAUACCUUUCAGUACAACGAGGCUACUGGUCAGCGUUCAUUCAUCCUGAUCACCCAAUGCAAGCGUUAUGAGCUUAGAACUCGCCCAGCUGAAUGGCAGGCCGCGACAGAACAGCUGAGGGACUAUUUGAAUCUGCAACACCAGACGCAGCCUACACAUGAUGUGUACGGCAUUGUUGCUAUCGGAGAUCGCGUUCGGUUUUUCAAGUACAACUAUCAGCAAAAAAACGUCACGGCAUGGCGUCCACCCGCGGGUGGGCUUCUGCCCCUCUCAAAUACUGUGGGCAAAAGACAUUGGUAUGAUUUAGUGGCGGAGGCUCCUAGAGUCCAGCGUGCUCUGGAGUACAUCCUUAGCCACCACUAG